GGGAGCGAGGGAGCGAGCGAGGGAGGGAGGGAGGCGGCAGGCCCGGCCCCGGUCGCAGCGCCCGGGGCGGCUCCUCCUCGAGCCUGGGACCGCCGCGCUCCCGCCGCCGCGCGCUGGCGUGACUCCCGGCCCGCGCCGCGCCCUCCCGCGUCCGCACCCCACUCGGCUACCUGCCCGCCCAGACGUCGCUUCUCCCGGGCUCCCGGUGUCGGCUCCGCGCGGAGAGAGAGGAAAUGAGUGCGGCGGCCUCGCCGGCGCCCGAGCGGGGUUGGAAGAGCGAGAAACUCGACGAGGCUCAGGCCCUGGCGCGGAGUUGCGCCGCCCGCCGACCCGACUUCCAGCCGUGCGACGGGCUGUCCAUCUGUGCCACGCACAGCCAUGGCAAGUGCUUCAAGCUGCACUGGUGCUGUCACCUAGGAUGGUGUCACUGCAAAUACAUGUAUCAGCCUAUGACCCCUGUGGAACAGCUUCCAAGCACCGAGAUUCCUGCCAGGCCUCGGGAGCCCACAAACACCAUUCAGAUCUCAGUCUCGCUCACUGAGCACUUUCUGAAAUUUGCAUCUGUUUUCCAGCCUCCCCUUCCCCCUGAUUCACCAAGGUACUGUAUGAUUUCAGACCUUUUUAUUGACAACUAUCAGGUUAAAUGUAUUAAUGGGAAGAUGUGUUAUGUGCAGAAGCAGCCGGCGCUGCAUUCCCACAAAAUGAGCCCUGAGGAGGUCUCUGCACACGAUGCCUUAAUUUCAAAAGAGAGCAAUACACCAAAAAUAGAUCACUGCUCUUCUCCCUCAAGUUCUGAGGACUCUGGGAUCAAUGCGAUCGGGGCUCACUACGUGGAAUCGUGUGACGAGGACACAGAAGAAGGGGCAGAACUGAGUUCAGAGGAAGAUUACAGUCCAGAGAGCAGCUGGGAACCAGAUGAGUGCACCCUUCUCUCCCCAUCGCAGUCUGACCUGGAAGUGAUUGAAACCAUAGAAACGACCGUGUGAGAGUCCAGCCAGGAGGCCACAGCCUGGGAUCCACGCCUAGCUUUUGUACCUCUGUCUGAUGGAUCCUUUUUUCCAGUGAUAUUUUCUACCCGCCCCACCCCUCAACAACUGUAGCAGUUUGGUGGUAUGCUGAUUAGCUUCUCUCAGUCUUACAACUAAGACAUUCUUUUUAUUAUAAAUGGUUUUCUUUUAUAUCUUGACUUACUUUCUAUGUAGCAUCUGGUGUCAUGAAUUGUGACCCAGCCUUAAUUUCACUGGGAGAUUUAAAGGCAGUGAAGCGAUGAUCACAGAGUAUCUUGGAUCAGAUUGAGGAGGUGCCCAAAGGGAAGGAGCCAGUGUUUUCUAAUAGCCAGUCCUUCCAGAAAGACUCUUGCCGUUCCUUUUGACGUUUUCACGGGCACCCCUGUCCUGUCCCACUUGUCCUACGCGAGCAGCAACUCCCGCGGGGAACAGAGUGUGCACUGGUAGCCGCCAUUUCUUCCCUUUCCCCUUCUCCCUACACCUGCACUGGGUCUGGACCAGAGCUGCCUCGGCUUACUUCUGGGAGGUCACUGGAGGCCAGCUCAGCCCCUGGUUUGUGGCCAGUGUCUGUACAAGGCUCCACGACUGAGGCUGAGCUAAACGUUCACAUGAGAAGAGAUGACCUCAUCCGCCUCAUGCUCAAUCCAGCUUUAGCUGAGCACCUGUCCCCUGCAGGGUGCUGUGGGGACACAGCAUGAACAAGACCUGAUUCUCCCCCCCAUGAAGGGGCCCACAGUCCUACAUAUGACACAUUCAACUCACGACACCCAGAAAGCUCUGGGAACCCAGGGGAAGGAAGAGAUUGACUUGGCUCGAGCCAGCUGGGGAAGGUGUUUCAGCACUUGAACUGGCCUCUUGGGUGGGUUCCUCAACAUUUCUCUGCUUUUAAUUGUUCUUCAAGUCUGGGAAAAACUCUUAGGAAGUUAUAUAGGUAUAUUUAGGAGGCAGCCACAUCUGACAUCUUAAGAAAAAAAAUCAAUUAAUAGUUUUAGUUAGCAUGGAAAUGCUAAAGACAUAAGUCCUUUAGGGAUUAGGAAUGAAUCUAAUAGGUUUGAUUAAUUCUGCUUCAUUUGGUUGUAUGAAGCAUUAGUAUGGCUUAAGUGAGAAAUGGAUUAGAAUUCAGUAUGAUGCAUGGAUUUUUAUGCAAAUGCACAAGCAGUUGAAAUAGUUCGCUGCUAAGUCAGGAGAAAAGAUUUCGUACUGUUCCUUCACUUCCCCCACUAACACCGUCUGCUAUGUGUGUUCUCUUCCCUCACAUGCACAAAAUAGUAACGAAUUCUUUCUUAUUUAGCUCUCUUCAGAAUGCUACUUCUAAUCUCCAUUUACACCAGGUAUUGUGCGAGUCGCAACUGCCAUUUCUCCAAACCUUCUAUCCAUGAGGCAUAGUUAAAAAUCCUGGAAAUUACAAGUAUGGCCUAAUGAGAACAUCAGAGCUGGAGACAGAACAAUACUCGCUCCUAAUUCUCCAGAAGCAUGCUUUAGGGGUGUUUCCUUGUCCUCUGGCAGCUGUCUGGUGCGUGUACGGCACAUUCAUUUGUAUUUUAAAAAAGAAAAAGUUAUGUUCUGCCCUGAAGCCUCCAUUUGACAUCAUUCACAAACUACUCCAGGAAGAAUCUGCUUUCCCAGGUGUAUGUGUAAGUUAGGUCAUUUACUAGAUAGAACUUUUUUUUAGGUUUAGGUGGCCAAGAUAUCCAUAAGGUUUAGAAGGCAGAGUAUGCAUUUUCCUUUGCAGCGUUAGUGAAAACUUUCUGUGCUAAAUGAGAGUGCAGCUUAGUCUCCAUGUACUAAAAUUUAAAGACUCAACAAGACAAACCAAGAAGGGGGUACGCGGAGCUCUAGGAACAGGCAGGCACAGGAAAGGGCAGGUGUGGGCAUGAGGGCUUCCCUCUGCCCAGGGCAUGGCCCAGAUGGCACAGGGACAUCCGAUGAGCCUGGCCUGCUGUUCUUGGUGCCUCCCUUGUGUGACGGGCCCACUGAAGGCAGGCGUGGAAGCCACAUGCCUGCAGACCUUGUGUCAGGCCAUGGUGGUGCAGUCCCACGCCAUGUGCUCAGGUUUGCAACAGCAACACUAGGGCCCUGUCUAGAUUUUCCCUGUGGGUGAGCACACUCUCCACAUGGGCAUAUAGAGGGGCUUGCUCCUCUACAGCAUUCCCACCUGCUCAUCUAAUGGAGUCAGCAACCAGAUUUCUAAAGCCAUGGAAAGACAUGGCCACGGGGCCGUACUUCUGCAUCUUGGCUCAGUGGCAGGGUUGGGCCCUCUCAGCAUCAUCUAGGACUUGUGUCUAGGUUCCUUUUUUAAACUCCUGAACUGCCAUGCUGAUUAGACACAAUUGUAAUGGAAUUUUUGGAUUUAAUAAUGGUUGAUAAUCACCUUAAAUAUUUGCACAAUCUCUUUAUAAUUGAAAACUCACUAAGCUUCACUUACAUUAUAUCUACUACUGUAUAGAAUUAGAGAUGUUCCAUUGGAUUCUAAGUAUCAGAUACUCUUGGAUCUCAAAAUGACCUUUUCUAAAUAAGCACAAGAUCUAUUUUUGUCCUAGCACUGUUAAUAACACUCUGAAAUACAUGAUUGAACUGGAAUUAUUUAUGCUUGCAUUCCAAAACCAACUGAAACAGAUAUAAAAAUGUGUAGUUUCACUUUAAAUUCUAGGCCUGUUCUAUAAUAUAUGAAGGAAUUUCUCUAACGCUGAUGUGAUGUUGCUAAUUUGUAUACUUAUAGGCACUUUAGAAAAUGUUUAGACUGCAACAUGCACUGUAGACAUUGGACACAGUCACGUAGAACAGCCUGGGUUCAUUAACACCUGCACACUGACAGAAAGCGUCAUCAUUUGCACCCAGGAGUAUGCUCACUUGGAGCAAGGGUUGGGCUUUGUGGGUGGAUAAACUGCUUUCUUGGGUUUAUAUGGAAACCCGGUACCAGUCCUGCUUUUGGAAAGCUGGCAUAAAAGCUAUUAGGUAGAAGCUUAAUUCCACUGAAUGUAGAAUUUAGUUUUAUUCUCUAACCAAGAUUUUAGAAGUUUCAAGUUUCAUAUAUGCUUAUAACUUUUCCAAGAUAUGACCCUUAAAAUGGCUUUGUGGUUACAACUGUUUGGUAUACAAAAAACUAAGGAUUUACUAUCACAUCUAUGUCUUUUUUACUAUGUAAUUUUUAAUAUAUGAAGUCAGAAUUUGAGGACCGUCCUGAGGAACAGUUGCUUCCCUGGGAGGGGAAGACUUGUCGUUGAAGGUAAUACAAAAUAAAACACAGAGUAAAGCACCAGGCACAGAGCAAAACCACGUAACUGUUUUCCUGAAAUACUUCUUUAAGAUUUGAUCUGGGCUUUGAUUCUAUCUUGGGAAUGGUGGCUUUACUUCCUAUCCUCCACUUCUUGGUCUAUUUGAAACAUCACAAGUAUUUUGGGACUGAUCAUAACAGACUCCUUUUAUGCUAAUUCUUGUCGCGGGCAAGAGUAUGCACCUGGAUAAUUUAUCACGCUGUCCAUCGAUCCAGCUAAGUUUAGUGGUACAAAUACUACCAGGCAGGAAAAAAAGCACCAGUUAGAAUAUUUAUACGGUCAGCUCUUAUUUAUUCCCACAUCUUGUUUGCAAAAUUUUAUUGUCACAUUUUGGCUUUUUUACAUGAGGAAAACAAAGUUUUAACAGUUUGCUCUUCUGUCCCCUUCUCUAGAGGAGGUGGGAACCAGGAGAGGAGACCAGUUAUAUUUUCGGCUUUUCAGUAGUACGGUUUUGUCCUCCCACUGAGGAGGAGGGAAGAUGGGAGAAGCAAGUGGGGGGGCCACGCACGUGAUCAGUGCUGCCGCUUCCUGGGAAGUCAGUGGUUCUCACAUCCAAACAUAAAUAGGGCACUUCUCAACAUUCAUUUUGGGAUCAUUCACCAUUUAAAAAUUGUCACUGCUCUUUUUCAUUACUGCGAAUAACAGAGCUGUUUUAGGAAAAGGCCAUGUUUCAGUGAGUGCUAUGAAUUCUUUUUUCAAUGAAGGUUGAAGCAGUGUUCUCCAGUAGCCCGAACACUUCUCAAAGCGACCUAUCACUAGCGGUUUUCAUAUUGAGCUUCCAUAUUGUGUUCACACCCUUUUUAAGGCUGUUCAUACCUUGCAAUAUUCACUUACCGUGAUAUUUUUAAAACUAUUUUAAAGUUUUAAGCACAAUGUGGACUCUUCUGUAAUUUCCUAAAAUUAUAUGGUUUUCCUACAGACAGCUCAACUUUCCUUGGUGUAUAACACUUUAGGAAAAUACUGCCUUGUAAAAUAAACGUGAUUUUUUUUUUCUUUUGUACCGGAACCAAUCUGCUAUGUUGGAGUGUAGAGUAAUGCCUCCCACCCAACCUCAAAACAAAAACUCACGUUUGCAAAGUGUGAAACAUUUCUAUAUCAGGCGCCUUCUAUGUGCUUGGAAAUAGUGUCUGCCCAUUAUCCCAUUAAACCUUCAUGAGAUUUCCUGAGGUGCAGGUAAGUCGUACCGUCCACAGUAUCUGCUUGUAGUCACCACUCCUGGUAACGCCCAGAACUCUAUGACCUUUUGUUGGCAACAUUGGGUUUAUAUAGCACGUAACACUGGCUAUCCCCCACCAAACAGCAUCUGUUUCACACACAGUCACAGCCUUUGUAUUCAGUUCCCACGUGCCAUGUAAGGCAGUGUUUAGUUAUAGUUCUAACUGAAGAUCGGGCCUGCUGCCCUGCAGAGUCUUGGGAGUCGCUUGGUCACCCAGGCUCAGGGGCCAGGCCUCAGUGCAAGCCCAAGGACCUUAUUUUUACUCAGCACACUCAGAAAAGAACAGCUUCAGGGGCUGGCUUCUACUCAACAACCUUCUUAGGAACUGCUGAAUAAAGUCAUUAUUUAUCAGUAAUAAAAUCAUUGUUAAUAAUAAUUAUAGCUCCACGUCUACCUUAAGCUUCCUAUGCAUAGUCUCCACAGCAAGAUGUCAGCAGCCCCAUUUCACAGAUCGGGAAAAGAGCUCAAGAAGUCCCUAUCUUUGCCCAGUGUGGCACAGCCUGUAUGUCAGGGGCAGGCAGGGUUUGAACCCAGUCACUUUGGCUGCAGAGUCUGCGCUCUAGCCCACUGUCUCCAUUGCGCCACCCCAUAAUCCAGCAGACUCCUUCCCACAGAGUAGGGGCCUGUCUACCCGUGUACCUGGUCCUUAGACAGAGGAGGAGAAGCAGUGACAGGCUUUCCUCUUUGGCCCUUUUCCUGUGCUCCAUACAAGCCCCACGACCCCAUACCAUGUUUCUGCAAAUAUCUCAGUGCUCUCAUUAGGCCAUUGUUUCUUCCAUGUUUAAUCACAUCUUGACCAGCAUUCAAGACCAGCUCUUUCUGCCUUCACUAAAGCUCGCUUAUCUUUUAAAGUGAUUCCUGCAGGCAGCUCAUCUCAUCUGCGUGUGCACUCUACUGUUCAACUCUUUACUUAAUUGUAUUGCCAAGUUCUGGAAGGCAUCUCAUUGUAGCCUCUUACAAAUGCUGACUGCACACACUUUUAUUCUGCAAUAAACUUUAAUUUAGCAUCUCGUCCUCAUUACAAUUCAAUCACUGGGAAUUGGCAAUGCCCUUAACCCUUACUGUCCCACCCCAGUUCUGUGCUGAAUGGAGUGAGAAGGGUUUCGGGGCUCAGUCUCACUGCAUAGGGGUCAGGGAGGCACAGUUAGAGGUCAGUUGGAUGGAAUUCUUUAGGAAACGGAGAUACAGGAAACUGAUGGAAAUAAAGUAAAAAGGCAAAAAAAUGUA